AAUUCAAAUGAUCGAUCAACAUCAAACAUAAUUAUGGAUAUUAUAAAUCAAACAUUGACAACAUUAUCGAUACCAUCGAUCAUUCAACAGAAUAAUUCAUUAUCAUCAUCAUCAUCAACAAUAUCAUCAACAUCAUCAUUUACAAUCGAUGAUAUAUAUCAAUCAUUAAAUAAUGAAACAAUAAAAUUAUUUUUACGUUAUCAUCAUCAUUGGUUUCAUUAUUUAGAUCUAAUUGAACGUUCAACCGAUUUAAAUGGAAUAUUUAAAUUAUUUUUAUAUUUUGCAUAUUUAUUUGUAUUUAUAAUUGGUAUUAUUGGUAAUAUAUUGGUUUGUUGGGUUGUAUUUCGUCAACAAUCAAUGCGUUCAGUAACAAAUAUUUUCAUAACAAAUUUAGCAUUAUCCGAUAUAUUAUUAUGUUUAUUUGCUGUACCAUUUACACCAUUAUAUCUAUUGACAUUUAAAGAAUGGAUAUUUGGUCCAGUAUUCUGUCGUCUAGUACCAUUUGUACAAGGAAUGUCCGUCUACAUAUCGGUAAUGACAUUAAUGUCAAUAGCAAUUGAACGUUAUAUGGUUAUAAUUUAUCCAUUUAAAAGACAUUUAAAUAUAAUACAUAGUGUUAUUGUUAUAAUAAUUAUUUGGUUAUUAGCAUUUAUAUUAACAUUACCAUAUGGAAUAUUUAUUGAUCUAAUACCGGUACCACAAACAACAACAAAACAUCAAGAACAACAACAACAACAACAACAAUCGACAGAAUAUGAUGAUAAUCAACAACAACAACAACAACAGCCACAAUAUCAAUUUCUUAUGUAUGAUAAUCAUAAUGAAACAUCUUUAAUUACAAAUGAUCAACACGAACAACGUUCAAUUGAAACAUUAAAAAAUUUAUUACAAAAUCUACAGAAACGUAAAUGGUAUUGUGAUGAAGUAUGGCCAAAUGAUCAAUUACGUUCAACAUUUGGUUUAUUAACAACAAUCAUGCAAUUUGUAAUACCAUUUUUUAUAAUAACAUAUUGUUAUACAAAAGUAUUUGUACGUCUUUGGUAUCGUAUGCAUAAUCGUCUUGGUUCAAGAAAUUAUUCAUCACAAAGACAAUGGUUAGAAAAAAAACGUGCACGUCGUACAAAUUUAAUGCUCAUAUUUAUGGUUGUUGUAUUUGUUAUAUCAUGGUUACCAUUGAAUACCUAUAAUUUGAUUGAAGAUUUUUAUAUACCAAUUGCAUAUUGGAAACAUUCCAGAGCUUUAUUCAUGACAUUUCAUUUAAUUGCAAUGUCAUCAGUUUGUUAUAAUCCAUUUCUUUAUACAUGGUUAAAUGAUAAUUUUCGUAAAGAAUUUUUAUCAAUAUUUUCAAAAAUUAAAAAACAUUUAUAUUGGUUUGCUAAUCUUAAACAACAACAAAAAACAAAUCGUAAUAAUUUAUUCAAUAAUAAAGGAAUUAAUGAUGAUAAUACAAUGAAUCGUGGAGAUAAUACAAAUACAAAUAAUAAUAAUGAUACUAUUGGUAUUGUUGGCCGUAAUAUGAUAUGGAAACCAUCAUUAUGUGGUGGUGGCGUUGGUGUUACAACAAAUAUCAUCACAUCUGGUCAUCUUGUUCCUAAAGAUCAUUUAGAUUCAACACGUACAACACGUUUAAAUUUAACUACAAAUGAUGAUGAUGAUGACGAUGAUGAUGAUGAUGAUGAUGAUGGUGAAUUAAUAUCAAUGACACAAAUUGAUACAACAACCAAUAUGGUUACAAAUUUAGAAUCAAUUAAUCAAUCAGAAUUACAGGAAAGUUUAUUUAUAACAAGCUUACAGAAUGGUAUAUUGGCUAGUCGUAUUAUUCAUAAUAAUAUAAUUUCAUCAUUGAAUGAUAAUGAUAAUAAAUGAAAUUCUUUAAUGUUUUUUUUGCAGAUUUUUAAGGAGGCGUGAUAUGACAACCUUUAAAAAUAGAUUUUAUUUUUCCAAAAAACAAAAAACAAAAAAUUCAAUUUUGAUAUUUGUUUCCAUCACCAAACCCAGACCAGACAUACAAACACGCACACACACAUUGAAUUUUUUUUUCGUUUUUGUUUCAAUUCUUUUUAAUUUUUUUUUUAAUUUUCUUUCCUUCUAUUUUCACAAAUGUAUAAAGAAUAUAUGAAUUGUAAAAA